AUGGUGAGGGAAGAGCGAGAGCAGGAAAAAAGGGAACAACGGGAGCUGUUUGCGCAAUUCAAGCAGUUCGAUGAAGCAAGAAACCAACGGAUAGCCGAGAUGGAGGAACGACUACGACAACAUUUGUCGGUAGCACCCUCCAUGGUUAGUGGUCCCGUAGAUCCAACCGCACCCCAAACGGUUCCUGUUGGCAAUGGCAAGAACCCUGAAAAUGCUGGCCCCCAAACCUCAGGGAACGGCAAGCAACCAGAAGGAGCUGGCCCAGUAGGAGGAAAUGGAG